UUUCAGUCCCUGGUUGUUCUAAAUUAAGAAAUUUAUGUGGGCAAUAUCUGAACCUACUCUACUACCGCGUCUCUUGUCUUUCUUCCCCACAAACUGACACCAUUAAGUUCACACCUCAAAUAAUCUUCAACUGUUUCCACUUCUAUAAAUACCCCUCACCCUCAAACUCCAAACUACCUUUUACAAACUUAACUUAAAACUUCAACAAACACAUUAACCACAAACAAACCCUUCAAAUGCCAAAACCUAGAAGCUUCUUUUUCUUCAAACCAUCACCUCCCAAAUCACCACCACAAUUGCCACCUUCCUCGCCUCUCAACAAAACCUUUUCCGAUGCAAUAGUUGACGAAAACAUUGAAACCGCACACUCUCUCAUAACCAAAUGGAACUCUAUUUCCACAUCUUCUAACCAUUCUUAUUCUCUUUUCACAAACUCUCCUCAUGAAGCUAAACAGUAUCUUAACGCUGUUAAGAGGUUACAAUAUGCUAUGAUGUACCUCAUCGCACGUGAUUCCACCUCCGAGAAACUCAUCAAAGCACAAUCGUUGAUGAAACUCGCCAUGAAGAAACUCGAAACAGAAUUUUACGGAAUAUUAGCACAAAACAGAAACCGUUACGGCUCGAAAUCACUCUCGGUUGAAUCAACCGUCGAUCACCGGAGAAGUUUCUCCGAAAUCGACGAUAAAUUUGACGAGGAGACAUCGCUAACUGCCGAAUCGGAUUUGAAAUCAAUUGCAGAAUGUAUGAUCUUCACCGGUUACAGUAAAGAGUGUGCAAAUGUUUACGUGAUUGUGAGAAAAUCGAUAAUGGAUGAAGCACUAUACAAUCUCGGAGUUGAGAAGCUGAGUUUCUCUCAGGUUCAGAAAAUGGAUUGGGAAUUGCUGGAAUGGAAGAUCAAGUGUUGGUUGAACGCCGUUAAAGUUGCCAUUAAUACUCUUUUUCUCGGCGAGAGAAUACUCUGCAAUUACAUAUUUGAUAUACCAGAGAGGAAUAUUGCAUAUUCAUGUUUCACUGAGAUUUGUAAAGAAGGCGCUAUAAUGUUGUUUGGAUUCCCGGAAAACGUUGCAAAGUGUAAGAAUACGCCGGAGAAAAUGUUCAGAAUACUGGAUUUGUAUGAAGCAAUCUCCGAAAACUGGCAACAAAUUGAAUCACUAUUUGCAUCGGAGACAUCUUCGCCGAUUUGUGCUCAGGUGAUCGCUUCAGAGUUGAGGCUCGGUGAAUCCGUUAGAACAAUGCUAUCGGAUUUUGAAUCGGCGAUCCAGAAGGAAACUUCAAAGAUUCCGGUACCAGGCGGAGGAAUUCAUCCUCUCACGCGCUAUGCCAUGAACUACAUUUCGCUUCUCAACGAUUACAGCGACGCGCUCUCUGAUAUAUUCUCCGAUUGGCCACAAACACCGUUACCGGAAUCUUACUACAAAAGUCCGUCUCACGACGAGGAUAAUCCACCGUCGGAGAUAUCAAAACGUCUCUCAUGGUUGAUUCUCUCAGUUCUCUGCAAACUCGACGGAAAAUCGGAACUAUACAAAGACAUUGCGCUUUCUUAUCUUUUUCUCGCGAAUAACAUGCAAUACGUCGUCGUCAAAGUGCGUAACUCGAAUCUAGGGUUUAUUCUCGGCGAGGAUUGGUUAAUCAAGCAUGAGAUGAAGGUGAAGGAGUAUGUUUCCAAAUACGAGCGCAUGGCGUGGAGCAAAGUCCUAUCGUCGAUUCCGGAGAAUCCAACGGCGGAGAAUGCGAGUGUUAUUUUCCAGAAUUUCAACGCCGCAUUCGAAGAAGCGUGCAGAGCACAGUGUUUAUGGGUCGUACCCGACCCGAAAUUGCGAGACGAAUUAAAAGCGUCAAUAGAGUUGAAGGUUGUUUAUAAGUAUAAAGAAUUUUACAUGAAAUAUCGGGUCGGGUUGGAUUCGGUGAUUAGAUAUUCGCCCGAAGAUUUGAGGGACUAUCUAUCGGAAAUUUUGUGUGGUAGUGUUUUGUCGCAUUCUGCUGACCACUUCAAAGUUUGGUGAAGUUGGAAGAGCUGCAGGCAAUGUAUGGGCCCACCUUGUGAUUUGUUCUUUAACGAUGGACAAGAAAAUGAGCCUAAUAUCCAACGACAACAAUGACAGGGUGGCAAUAUGCUGCUACUAUUGUGCAUGGUUAGAUGAACACUCAUAGUUUUUAACAAAAGAUAAUAAUACAAAUAAUUUUAUACUAAUAGGAAAAUACCUUAGGUAGGAAUUGUCGUAAGUAUGAUAUAUUAGAAUCAGUAUUAUAAACAUUGGUUAUGAUUUUUUAUUUAUAUAAAAUAGUGAAAUUCUUUUACAA